UUCAGACGUGUUCUCUGAUUUGUGCCUCAGUUCCACGCGAUGGCGACGACGUCUCGCUCCGGCUUCCUGGACUCCGUCGGGUUGAACCGCUCCCAGCACCUCAGCCUCCUCACCCGCCGCCUCUACACCUGCCUGGCCGACCACGCCCUCAUGCAGCUCAGGGGAUCCAUGCUGGCCCUGGCCCUCAUCAGCCUGGAGCUGGAGACCUGCUGUCCUGAUUGGCUGGCGCUCACCAUCAACCUGCUGAGGAAGGCUCAGGCGGACAGCUCGGCGCUGAUCCGCAGCAGAGAGCUGGUCUCACGCAGCCUGUCCACGCCCAGAGCUUCCCUGCCUCCCAACACCGUUUACAUCUACCAACCCCUGCAGCUCGCCGCCCCGAGCCGCCGCCCGCCGGGGACCAUGGAGACGUCCAGGGACCAAGCCGCCCUGCCUCACACGGCGGCAGCAGCUGGAGAGGAGAGCAAAGCUCCGCCCCCUUCCCCGAAACACCUGAACCACCUGCAGAAAGUCCCGCUGCGCUGCAAAGCCUCCACCAAGCGCAAGGUGGAGCAGAUGGACGUGGACGACUUCUACGACGGCAUCAAGCGCCUCUACAACGAAGACGUCACCGCCGCCUUCCAUGAGGGGGCGCCGCCCGCAGCCGGGGGCGGGGCUUACGGUGGUGACUCUUCCCCCUGCCCUCCUCUGCAGCCGGUCGGCGCCUUGUAGAAACGGGAACCGCCUCGGCAGCCCGUCGGACCGACCAGGUUCUGGUGUCCGAUCGGCCGCCGGGCGUUCCCGUGGAAACGAGGCGCGGCGGGAACGUGGAGCCGUUCAGCUGGAACUGACCGCAACUCCCAUCAGCCCCUGCAGCUGGAAAACAGAGCAAAAAAAAAAACUAAACAUCCAAAAUGUUUAAAAAAAAAUCUGCUUCUGAUGUAAUUAUUCUGUUUGUUUAACACAAAAAAUAUUUAAACAUAAAACUUCCUUAAAAACCAACCUGAACGUGUUUCUAAUGGUGACAGUUUCACGUUUUUGUUUUUUCUCUCUGCAUGUUUUCCUCUUUUUUUGUCGAAACUUGGUGCCAUUUAUUAAUGUUACAUUUAAAAAACUCAACUUUCAACUGCCAAAACGUGUUUUUUUUUUUAAAGUUUGUUACCUUGAAGUGAAUGCAUGAGAAAUGAUUUGUAGCUUUGAGGCUGUUUGGUUUUUCAGAACCAACCCAACCAACGACUCUCCGGUUCUCUGACCCAUCAGGACCAAGACGUUGGUUUUCCCUCUGAAGGUGUCGAGGUUCACGGAGACGAUAUUCCCUCCUGUUUAAAAUGUUUUAACUUUCUGUUUAAAUUAUUUUUCCUCAGUGUAAAAAGCUCUGUUGCUCCUGCUGGAGGAGCUGCUGCUGGCUGCUUCAGGACCCUGAACACUAAAUAAAGACCUUACAACGAGA